CCAGUGGAUAAUGUAAACCAAUUAGUGUGUGAUGCAAGGACCGAAAAUGCGCGCGUGUUGUUAAAUAAGUCAGAAAGCAAGAAAGUUUGCUGCUCGCCAUAAGAUAUGUUGGCUGUUCCUGCUGCUGGUGCCUCUGGUGGUCGGUCCGUCGGCCAUUAAUGACACACACCAGAGAGAAAACGGAAAAACAAUAAAGUGUGUGUGCGGUGUGGAGUGUGUGCGAGUGCGGCCAAGUGUUGUGGGCUCGGAAAACUCCAAGAAGCCAGUAGAAAAGUGGGGUCCCCUCGAAUCAAUCCGUGAAUCGCAAGCGUUUCUUUGGCUGCAAGCGGCGUACAGGGUGCACCGUGCAAAAGAAAGGCAACCAAGGCAUAUUGUACCUGCACUGUUUUCUAGCCUUAGAACAGCUGUGCAUAACGGGGCGCUAGACGAAGCAGAGGAGGAGAAAGCAGGAGCGAACCAGAAGAGCCAGAGGCACCAAAAGACGAAGCCAUGUCCAGCGAGGAAGACAAACCGCCGGCGCCGCCUGUGCGUCUCACCAGCAAUCGGGGCGGCAAUGAACGAUCUGGAGGAGGAGUGGGCGUCGUCGGCGGAGGACUGGGUGGUGGCGGGAUGGGGGAUGUACCGCCCGACAUGCGACCGUUGCCCAAGGAACCCGAUGACUCCGACCGAAAGAAGAAGACGCUGAAGAGCAAAAUCAAAGGAUCAAAGCCCUCGCACACGGACUCCAAACCGAACAUCUCCUAUCCCACGAACUUUGAGCACACUGUCCAUGUGGGAUUCGAUGCUGUCACCGGCGAGUUUACCGGCAUGCCGGAGGCAUGGGCGCGACUCCUGAUGAACUCCAACAUCAGCAAGCAGGAGCAGAAGAAGAAUCCACAGGCCGUGCUCGAUGUGCUCAAGUGGUUCGACAACACUACCAAACAGAGGCCAAGCUCCAAGUACAUGACAAAUGCAAUUACGACGCAUUCAGGCUCAUCGCUCAGCCGCGUCAGCAGCAGCAGUCCGAGCAGCACGCCAACGGACUCGGAGCUCCACGGCUCCAACAGUGGAGGCAACCUGAUUGGCGUUCAGUUGGGCAGUAUGACCCUGGGUCCCAACGCUAACAACGUGGCCGUCGCUGGCCAAAUUCUGGGCAACCACUACCAACAGCAGCAGCACCUCCUUCAGCAGCAGCAGCCACUUCUGCACCAGAACCACAACCAGCAUCACAUGGGCAUAAGUCAAUCGCACUCGUACAACUUUGUCGGGCACACGGCCUCCUCUUCCACAUCGCAACAUUCAUCCGUUAACGAGGACGAUAUGCUGGGACCACAACAUCCGCAGCAACAGCCACCGCCUCCACCGGUGGCCUCUAGGCCUGAGCGCACGAAAUCCAUCUACACGCGGCCAAUCGAGGAUCUGCAGCCAGCCAUCAUACCCAUGCCAGUGGCGCCAGCGACCACGCCUACAACGCCGCUGCAAAAUCAUAGAACGCCAGGCGGAAUAGCAGCUCCAGCGGCAUCGCCAAUGAUGCACAACAAUGCCACGACGACGCUGGACAAGAACAAAAACAAUGCAACUCCAACGUCCCCAACAACCACCAAAACAACAGCAGAAACAGAAGGCACCGAUGCAACAUCAACUCUUUUGUCAGCUACUAAUCCUAGUUGUUCUACCACUCCUACUACUGAUACUGCUUCAGCUGCACCUUGUGGUAGUCUCGUCGAGACAGCAACAGCACACGCUACCACUGCAGCAGCGACAGUAGCCACAGCAACAACGACUAAUCACCAUUCCUCUGCUUCCUCCUUUUCAUCAUUCCCCUCUUUCCACGACGACGAUGGCCCACACCACGCCUUGCCAACGAUCCAUUGUCCCACGCCGACGUCUUCCUCACGCAACUCGACUGUUUCGCUUCUUGUUGCGGUUCCCCUACCGCCCAUCAUCACGCCCGCAUCGCCCACGCCCGCCUCCGUUGGAUCACUAGAUCUGUAUUCGCCGGAGCCCACGGUGGCCCAAGUGUCAACCGGUGGCCCAAUUCCUCCAGUGGCUGGAAACCAAAUCGCCGUGCCCCAGGCAGCUGUGGCUGCGGCUGCAACGCCCAACACGCGGGCAGCUAAUGCAAAGAAGAAAAAGAUGUCGGACGAGGAGAUCCUGGAAAAGCUGCGAACCAUCGUCUCCGUGGGCGAUCCAAAUCGAAAGUACACCAAGAUGGAGAAGAUUGGUCAGGGUGCCUCUGGCACAGUUUACACGGCAAUUGAAUCCUCCACCGGCAUGGAGGUGGCCAUCAAGCAGAUGAACCUGUCACAGCAGCCUAAAAAGGAGCUCAUCAUCAACGAGAUCCUUGUGAUGCGGGAGAACAAACACCCGAAUGUGGUCAACUAUCUGGACAGCUACCUCGUGUCCGAGGAACUAUGGGUGGUCAUGGAGUACCUGCCCGGCGGCUCUCUUACUGACGUCGUCACCGAAACCUGCAUGGACGAGGGUCAGAUCGCAGCCGUUUGUCGAGAAGUGCUGCAAGCCCUAGAGUUCCUUCAUGCCAAUCAGGUUAUCCAUCGCGACAUCAAGAGUGAUAACAUCCUGCUGGGCCUCGACGGCUCUGUCAAGCUGACUGACUUUGGAUUCUGUGCGCAAAUAUCGCCAGAGCAAUCCAAACGCACAACGAUGGUAGGCACACCGUACUGGAUGGCACCCGAAGUCGUCACCCGGAAACAGUACGGACCCAAGGUGGACCUUUGGUCUCUGGGCAUUAUGGCCAUAGAAAUGGUUGAGGGCGAACCUCCGUACCUAAACGAAAAUCCGCUUAAAGCCUUGUACCUCAUUGCCACCAAUGGCAAGCCAGAGAUUAAAGAAAAAGACAAGCUGUCCUCAGCAUUUCAGGACUUCCUCGACCAGUGUCUGGAGGUGGAGGUGGAUCGGCGAGCAAGUGCAUUGGACUUGCUGAAGCAUCCCUUCCUGAAACUGGCCCGUCCAUUGGCCAGUCUGACUCCCUUGAUCAUGGCCGCAAAGGAGGCUACCAAGGGCAACUGAUUGACAACCAAGAAGAAACCGCUUAUUUAACCACUACUGAUGAAUUACUACUGCAGAAAACAACAAGAACAACAACAACAACCACAACAACAAUAGCAACAAUAACUGUUAUAAUUACGAAAAGAUGGAUGAAUUAUUAAUUAUUAUUAAUUAUUUAUAUAAACGUAUUAUAUACACAUAUUAUUAUAUUAUAUCUAUUCUAACGAGACAAACAGCAAAACUAAGAAUAACUACAUACGGCAAACAAGAGACACGCGUAGUUCAAUUUUCACAAAUCGGUUUUCUGUUAAUUAAAUAACAGCUAAAAUUAUCACACGUUGCUUUGGCCACCACCACAUCAUCGAAAUAUGUUUCUGACAUUUGUUAUACUAAAACGUAAACUUAAAAUUGUAUAGAUCCAUAAUUUGUUUAAUGCAUUUUGAAUGCUUUUCAAAUUAUAAGCUUAAAGAUCAUAUGAAACGAGGAAACAAAAACACAUAAACUAUAGUUGUCAACAUUAAAACAUUAGAAUUGGUAACACUUGCAUUUAAAGGAAAUGAAAAUAUACAUACAAAUUUUUACAAUGUAUAAAGCACUUCAUUUGAUUUACUUCGUCAUUACAUUUCUAUAAGAAAACUUAUAAAAUAAUUAUAUAUGAGAGUAUGAACUUUGGAACGCUGUUACUACUAACCCUAUGACUUGGAGUAUUAUCGCUGAUUUUAGUAAAAGUUUCAUUUAGUUCUUAAACUGAUUUAUUUAAUAAAAAUAUAUUUUUAUAUGAUUUUAAAA